AUGGCACCUCCUCGUAGGACUCCGCAAUCAUCCCAGGGAGACGUACCUAACAUCGCCAGAGCAAUAGAGGCGAUGGUAGCAGCGAUGGCACAACAGAUCAGGGAGUGGAGCUUGGAGGACUUUCUGAAGCACCACCCGGCGAAGUUUGAUGGGAAGACCAGUCCUGACACCGCAGACCAAUGGUUGAAAGACCUGGAGCGCAUCUAUGACGCCAAGAUGUGCCCUGCGGAGAACAGGUUGGUGUUUUCAGUGUAUAUGCUCACGGGGGAGGCGGAGCAUUGGUGGAGCAACACCAAGUCCAUCCUAGAGGAGAGGGAUGAGCCAGUGACGUGGGAGACUUUCAGAGAGAGAUUCCUCUCAGAGUACUUCCCAGACAGCAUCCGGUAUGCCAAGGAGGUGGAGUUCCUCCAGUUGACCCAGGGAGGGAAGACGUGGCGAUGCAAGAAGUUCGAGAACGGUCUCCGCGGUGAUAUCCGCUUGAUGGUGGCUCCUUUGUCCAUCAAGGAUUUUGCCGCUCUGGUGGAGAAAGCUAAGGUGAUGGAGAAGAUGAAACGUGAGGUGGAAGGCCAGCGCCUACAGCAGCCACAGCCACCUCAGAGGAUCGGUGGACCAUCUGGGUCCAAGCCCAAACAUGAGGAGCAGAGGAGACCGUAUGAUAGACCCCACCAUCAACCUCAGGGGUCUAGGAACUUUUCCCCACAGUAG